UCCACUUAGAAACAUAUUUUGAAAAACGGAGCACCUCUCUAGCUACUUGAAACAACAAAACGGUGUCGUUUUAACCGAUCAGAUCGAACAUUCUCGAAGAACAAUGGAGAAGAAAACUCCGGCGAGAAAACCGCACACUUCCACCGCAGAUCUGCUGACCUGGCCGGAAAAUCCUAACACCGAUUCACCGCUCACCGCCUCUGCUGCUCGAUCAUCCGCUUGUUCGCACCAGCCGUCGGAUGGAAUCAGUAAGGUGGUGUUUGGAGGUCAGGUUACGGAUGAAGAAGUUGAGAGUUUGAAUAAGAGGAAACCUGUUUCGGGGUACAAGUUAAAGGAGAUAACCGGAAGUGGUAUAUUUGCAGCUGGUGAAGAGAACGGUUCAGAAGAGACUGAUGCGACCCGCACCCCAUCCAACCCAACUAGCAUACGGAUGUACCAGCAAGCGGUUGCCGGGAUUAGUCACAUAUCAUUUGGUGAAGAAGGAAGCGUGUCUCCUAAAAAGCCGAUAUCUGAAGCUAAGCAACGGGAGCUAAGUGGCACAUUGGACAGUGAAUCGGAAGCAAGGUUGAAGAAACAAAUUUCGGAUGCAAAGAACAAGGAACUUAGUGGCCAUAAUAUUUUUGCAGCGCCGCCUGAAAUUCAACCCCGCCCAUUGGCCGCCCGUGCGUUGGCUUUAAGAGAAUCUAUAACAAUUGGUGAACCUGCACAUAAUGAAGAAUCGGUGAUCAAGACAGCGAAAAAGAUCCCAAACCAGAAACUAACCGAGUUGUCGGGAAACAAUAUUUUCAAAGGAGAUGAAGCCCCGCAAAGUGUAGAAAAACCGUUGAGUUCAGCAAAGCUUCGGGAAAUGAGUGGCAGUAAUAUUUUUGCUGAUGGGAAAGCCGAGCCUCGGGACUACUUACGUGGGGCCCGCAAGCCCCCGGGUGGUGAGAGCAGUAUCGCGUUGGUGUAAUUGUUUUUUUUAGACAUUUUUAAUAUUUAUUUUUCUGAUGGAUGUUGUGGACUUUUGACUAAUUGCUGGUGGUUUUGUUCAUAAUUUUAAGUGUUUUGUUCUCAAAUGGAUUUGUUGAAUGUGACAGUUUUUUUUUCUUAA